GCGGGAACCAUUUCUGCGCAGGCGCAAGAAGAGCAACAGGAGCGUCUGACCGACACAUAAGGAAAUCUGCGGCAAAACACAAGAACACAACUUUUUAAAAGAUGGGUGUCCCAGCACCUUUUUUGGUGCUAUUUUUCUUCACUUUGUGGCCUGACAAGGUGGAACCAAAACAAGAUGCACUGGACCCGCUCGAUGCUUCUUUCUGUCAUGGUGGACUUCAAGUGACCUAUCCUGAGCUGGACAUCAACAAAUGUCUCGUAAUUUCAAAAGAUCUGAAACUCAGAGAGAAAGUCAGCACCAUCUGGAAAGCCCCACAGAUUUCCUUUUCUGGAGCAAAGAAGGAAAAGAUGUAUGCCCUGGUGAUGGUUGAUCCUGAUGCUCCAAGUCGCACCAAACCGACAUCUGCUUACUGGAGGCACUGGUUAAUUGUGAACAUAAAGGGCAGUGCACUCAAGAAAGGAAGAAUACAAGGGACGACUCUCACAGAUUACUAUCCACCGACCCCACCACAGAAGUCUGGUUUCCACCGCUACCAGUUCAUGUUAUUUGAGCAGCCUCCACACACACACGUGUCACUUGCUGAUCAGGAGAGGUCUUCCCGUGGUAAAUGGGAUUUUCAGGCCUUCAUCACAAGGUUUGAUCUUGGAAAGCCUGUGGCCUCUCUGCAAUUUCUCACCCAGAACUUCAAAGAUUGAAGGAUACUCAGAUGCCUGAAAUGGAUGUAAAAUCUGUCUGUAUACAAAAGGAGAUGUUUCCCCACUUGUAUUGUUUUGCCCGCUUUCUCUGAAUUAAAGAGCAGAAAUUCUUCAAAGCUUGUACACGUCAACCCUCUUUGUUUAUAUCUUAUCACUGAGUUUGAGAGAUACAGUAUUUCCUCUUUGUGUUGCAGUAGUUGCUUGGUUUUGAUGUUGGCCCAUAUCUCUGUCACGUGGUCUGGAGCGAAGGAUUUGGGAGAUAGAUUUUGACUUGCUGGGGAUUUCUUAACAGUUUUCCGAACUUGGUCAACAAGAGAAGGAAGACGGCCUGAUAUCACAACUCACUGUGGAAAGAGUUGAUUCUAAUUCAGGGACGGAAACACGUCAGGGCCAAAAAAAGGAAGUGGGAGGUGAAACCAACACCGCAACACAGCCGGAUGCUGCAGUGGAACUGAACCAAAAUACUCUAGAGUGACAGGACAGGGGGAGGGGCUGCAGGGCCUGUCAUGCACUGAGUUAAAGGAACUUACUGUUUGUGUAAUUGUUUAUCAUAUUUCCAUUGCCCACUUUCACCCCAAAUGGAAACAAUGAGCAUACUCAUUGUUUCAGCAUACUCAGCACUUUCAGGUACUCAAUUGAUUUAUCUGAACUUAAAAUGGCUCCAUUUCUAUGUGUCCUUCAGGGUAACUUUGGGACAAUGAACCCAUUUUGAACUUUAAAGAGUCUCACCUGACAGGUCUGCAGAGGAUGGUGUGGGUAAACUUUUCAACCCUUUCACAAUGAGAUAGUUUUCAGACUUUACAGGUCUUUGUAGAGGGUGGGUCAGGGUACCCCCCAUGAGGAAUAUUGGUUUCUAACCAACUGUCCUCUGAGAAUGGUUUGUAUCAAUACCCCAGAUGUCUGAAAAAGGCUGGAUUUACAUGAAUGACUUUGAUGUUCUGAUGAUCAAUCUUUAGUUGGUGGUUUCAUUGACCCCAGUUUGGUGUCUCAUCAGUGGGCUAGGCUGGAGUAGGUAAUGGAGGUUUUUGUUCCUUUGGUGGUUAAGCCAGCCUUGGUAAACCCCUAUGUGCCCUCUCCAUGAACUCUGGGAGAUCAUUGAUCAAAUUGUCCAGCAUUUGCUUUGUUUGCCUCCCUGCCUUAGCAGUCAAAGCAUCUAAUUCCACAAACAAAACAUCCAAAACAAUGUACAUGAGCACACAGUUAGUGAGAGAAUCUGUUGCUUUUAAACAAAUGUUAAGUAUCUGUCAGAGUACUGCUCCUGACCUUGAUUUGCCCAUCUUAUUUGACUUAUGAAAUCACAUUUCUAACAACUGGCAAGUGGAUUAUAACUCCACGCUCAUUGUAAAGCAUGCCAAGUGGGAGAGCAUUCUUCCAAAAACCACCUACUUGAAUCCAUCAGUACACGACUGAAAUGCCAAGUUUUAUACUUCCAAAUACGCUGCACGUUUUUUUCUCCCUCAUAUCUUGCAGAUUUCUUGCCAAAACAGCUGGAUUUUGCCACUCCGCUUCCCUGAAUGUGUUUAUUUUUACACCAAAUGUCAGGAGAGUUUAAAUAUUAUGAUAAGGAAAAACUGACAGCUGUAGUUUUUGUGCUACACAGUAUAUUGGCUGCUCUGAAAAAUGAUCAGCUUCUCACAUCUCAUGAUGUGAGCUUUUAAUGUUUUCUUAAUGUAUUCAAAGUUAACUUAAUUUUUAUGAAGCACUCCUUUUGACCUUUUAAGAUUUUUGCAGAGGUAUCUGUGCUGGCCGUGUUUCAUAAAUAGAUGGAUGGAUGGAUAGAUGGAUGGACGGGUGGAUAGAUGGAUGGAUGGGUGGAUAGAUGCAAAACAGGACUUCACAUGAAGAUGGCAGACUAUGAAGAAACAUCAAGGUGUUUAUCUGAAACUACUCCAAACUACAGGGCCUAAUCUAAAGCCUUUUUGUAUGUGAUUAUUAAACAGAUCAAGCAAAAAUAUUCAGCAUAUCUUUAUUAUUUAUUCCUCAGAGAUGCAUAUUGUCUAACUAUUAUAUGUUAUAUAAUAAACCAAGUUGUUACUUUAGCUUUAUUUUCAUCAGAUAUCAAGCAGUGGAUUAAGUUUCAAACUGAUGCUGGAAAAUAAUGUUUUAAAAGAAAAGUUUAGGGAAUUGAGGCCUUAGCACCAUAUGAAUAAUUGCAUCACUCGCUUUCUUCAUGCACAGAGAUUAGUUUCUUUCAGUAUUUACUUGGACCUACCAUCAGCCUACCAACAGCCUAUCAAGUUCUGCACAAUAACUUGUUGAUUUGAGUCAGGUGUGUUGGAGCAGGGAAAUAUUGAACACCUGUUGGAUUGUGGACUAUGAGGACCGGAGCAUGACACCCCUGCCCUAAGGUUUUAGUAUCAAGAUGUAAUUUAUAAAUAAAUGAAAUAAAUAAAUGUGUAUUACGUUGAGAUACAAGUUUACAAACCUAAACUGUGCUGCCAUGUUCAUUUUAAAGAGAAGAGGCUUUCUACCAGCAAACUUUCCAAAUAAUCAUUCCAGAAAUUGCUUCUCCAAGAUCACUGCUGAUGUCUUUCCUCUUUGGGAUUGUGUUUACACAAACUUUGAAUUGUCAACUGUCACAACAUCUGCUUUUUUGAGCUUCUUAAGUUUAAUUGAUUAGCAGCACCUCUCAUGUAUUUUUAAAUUCCUAUAGAAGCAACACAGUGUACAUUAUCUUUCACACACUGCUUUUGCAUUGAUAUUUCUUAAAUAAAUAAUGAUAUGAUA